UCAUAGCGCCAAACCGAAUUAAUGCUCGUGUACUUGAUCCAAACUGAUCCAAACCGAUCUAAACCGAAUGUACAUGGUUAAUUCUACAUUAUUACGGUAAAAACCGUAGAAAGUGCCUUAUUUUACUUAAAUACGUCUUUACUCAUCGUACGGUGCUGGAUUGCACUAGUUCAUUCGGUAUAAGUAUUUAAAAUGAUGGACCAGUGGCAAAUUGAAUUAGCAACAGGAAUGUAUAAUGUUACUGAUCCAUCAGGAAAGUAUCAAAUGAUACAAGAAGUAGGCCAUGGAUCUUUUGGACGAGUAUACAAAGCACUCGUUCGACACACUCGUAGAACAGUAGCUUACAAAGUGAUUGAAAAGCGUGGUAAAUCAUCCAAGGAGCUGAAUAGCUUGCGCCAAGAGCGUGAAAUCCUAAGACAAGUUUUUCAUCCAAACAUUCUACAAAUGCUCGAUUCCUUUGAAACAAAAACUAAGAUAGUAGUUGUGACUCAGUACGUGAAUCAGAGUUUGUGCCAUUUAUUAGAUGAGAAAGGUCCCUUGCCUGAAAAUGAUGUGCAAAAGUUAACUUGCAAUCUUGUUUCCGGCCUUUGGUACUUGCACUUCAAAAGAAUAUUACACAGGGACCUUAAACCGCAAAAUGUACUCAUUAAAGACAACGGAGAGGCAGUGUUAUGUGAUUUUGGGUUUGCUCGUUGUAUGAGCACAAAAACACAGGUGCUAACUUCUAUAAAAGGAACACCAUUGUACAUGGCUCCAGAACUCAUAGAAGAACAUCCAUAUGAUCAUAAUGCAGAUUUAUGGUCUCUUGGUUGUGUAGUUUAUCAAAUGAUCCAAGGUCUUCCACCUUUCCAAACAGAUUCUAUUUUGCAUUUAAUCGAAUUGAUCAGAUUUGAAUCCAUAAAGUGGUCGCGUUUUCACGUCGUAUCGCAAAAAUGUAAAAGCUUCCUACAGGGACUACUACAAAAGAAUCCGUCGCAACGGUUAACGUGGCCUGCCCUUCUAGAGCAUCCUUUUCUCGAAAAAUCUCUUUUAAAAGUCAGCAGUAUAUCUACACCAUUCGCUACACCCGUACCCGUGAGCCAGGCUACAGAAAAUCAGCCACAGUAUCUCGAUGUUGAUAUGAAUCUUACAGAUUCACAGGCUAAAUUUUUAAGGGAUACUGUUCCAACGGCGUAUGGGGGGAGAACUUUGGAAACAAUGGUAGAUCGUAAACGCGUGCCACCGCUUACGUCAAUCCCGGAAAGCAAAAGCCUAUUCUGCAAACACGAUGGACCUUUCAGGGUAUCGUUAGCGCACAAUAUGUUUGUAGACCAUUCAGAGUCGUGUCAAAGCGUCGAACAAAGGCAAAUGCAAAAUCGAGAAGAGGAAGAAAUGAUGAACAGUAACAGGUGCGUUGAACCCGAGGACGAUACGUCAAGUUACGAGCAACUAGUUGUUUCGCCAGAAACUGAAGCAGUUUAUUAUCAGAGAAACGAAUCGUAUACCGGAAGAGACUAUUCAGCGGGCGAUGGCGAUGUCGUAUCGCAUAAUAACAAAUUACCCGAUUGGAAUCCGAAAGCUGUCGAAAGUCCGAUAGAAACCGAGGAAUGGAUCGCGUUUUUACAAAAGUCCAUGGAGGAAAUCAUGAACGGCGAAUUGGACUCGCUGCUUCAAGAAAAUUGUGUUUCGGUAUUGAUAUCCCCGUUGAGAAACUUGACGGUUAAUUAUCGAGUUGUCAAAUACAUUGCUUGUCUGUUGUCCUUACCACUUGCCCUUCCAUUGAAGCGACCUAUCGUGUUUAAGAUACAGCGAGUCUAUUUGGGUGUUAAGGUUGUACCGAAUUUAGUCUACGCUCUGAAACUUUUAAUGUCCGAACGAUCCGAGCCCCACGAACCGUACGAAAAACUCGAACCCACGAACGCAAAAACCAAAUUGGCGUCAAAAUUGACCUCGGACGAACUUCAGACCCUGGAAUACACCAUACUCGUGCUUUGUAGUUUAGCUCAUGCCCAACAAAAAUUUCUUACUCAGUUCUGUAACGCUAUUUAUACCGUGAACGGGUUUGAGUUUCUGCGGCAAUUGUUGCUCUUGAAGAAGAAAAAGACACGAAUAGUCGCGGAUCUAAUAGCGAUUUUCAACCAUAUAUUACGUACUCUCCCGAAAAAGGCUCGUCUGAUCGAAGACGUCAUUUUAUUCCCAUCGAUGUCGUGGCAUGCGGAUAAACUGUUCGUUCAACUGGUUACACAUUCGGAAGAAGUACUUAUAAGGAGAACUUGUCACUUGAUUAGACUAUUGGCCAUUCAUUUGCGAACGUCUGUAACGUGUUUCUGGAGUGGAACAUUGAGGAACGCGCUAGAGAGAUUAAUAGUCUCGGAUCCCGACCAAACCGUGCGGCUCGCCGCAAAAGAUGCAAUCACCGAAGUGAAGAAAUGGAAGGUUUUUCGAAACGUCGAGUGACGUAUCUACUAACGCGCUUUUGCGUUCAACGACACAGUAUUACGUUGCCUUUUUUAUUCUUUUAACUAAGAGUCGUAACUUCAUCGUUAUCUUUAUUUCUACGAAAGCAUUAUACACAGAUUUGCUUUAA